AGCAAACAUGGCUGCGCCCUUCAUCGGCGUGUUUUAUUUGUAGCACAAAAUCAUCAGAAUCAGAAUCAGUUUAUUGGCCGAGUGUGAUGACACGGACAAGGAAUUUGGUUCAGGUCCAGACCAUGUAAAAUACGUGAAUCGUGUAAAUAGACAAUGCUGUGAUUGUGUUUAUGGUGUAAAGAGAAACCUGGAGCUUCAUCCAACAUGGAGAGAAGAGAGUUUAUAGCGUCGCUUGUGGCUGGAGGUUGUGCAGGCAUGUGUGUCGACCUCACGCUCUUUCCUUUGGACACCAUUAAGACACGUUUACAGAGUCAGCAGGGUUUCCACAGGGCCGGAGGAUUCAGGGGCAUCUACGCAGGAGUGCCCUCUGCUGCCGUGGGAUCUUUUCCAAACGCUGCCGCCUUCUUCGUCACGUAUGAAAGCACCAAGUCCAUGCUCUCAGACUGUUUCUCCUCACGCAUGGCUCCAGUCACACACAUGCUCGCUGCAUCACUUGGAGAAAUCGUUGCGUGUCUGAUCCGAGUCCCGACAGAAGUGGUGAAGCAGAGAGCUCAGGCCUCUCCCUCUUUCCACACACACCAUGUCCUGCUAGCCACUCUGCGUGAGGAGGGGGUUCGUGGACUCUACAGGGGAUUUGGCAGUACAGUACUGCGAGAGAUCCCGUUCUCUUUAGUGCAGUUUCCUCUCUGGGAGUAUUUAAAGGCACUAUGGUGGAGGAGACAGGGGGAACGGCUGGACUCUUGGCAAGCUGCAGUGUGUGGAGCUGUCGCAGGUGGGGUAGCAGCAUUUGUUACAACUCCUCUGGAUGUGGCCAAGACGAGGAUAAUGCUGGCUAAGGCUGGUACUUCCACAGCCAGUGGAAACAUCCCUCUAGUGCUGUACGAGGUGUGGAAGUGUAGAGGUGUGUUUGGGCUCUUCGCCGGUAGCAUCCCCAGGACGACAUUCAUCAGUGUGGGUGGGUUCAUCUUCCUCGGAGCUUACGAGAAAGUGCGCCGUAUGCUACUAUAGGACUUUUGACCCCCAAUGCCGUCCAUUAGAAAAUGACUCGUAGAUCUGAUCUUAAAACAAAAGCAUCAAGUUAAUGGUCUUGUACAGAGAUGCUGGCACUCGUGGACCGACCGGCGGAUCCUUCUACCCUGGAAUUUGCAUUCCUGACUAUCAGUGCACAGCACAUUGAUUUUUUUAACUACUCAAACUCAAAGUUCCAAGUAUUUUACAGUGUGGAAGACCUGGAAGCCUGCUGGUGCUGUAAAGAUUA